UUGUUUCUAGUCAGUCAAAAAGUGAAAAUAAAAUAAGAAAAUAAGAAUAAGGAAGGAAAAUUGCUCAUAAAUAAAUUAUUACUUAAUUUAUUUUUGUUCUAUCUAGAUAUAAUAAAGUACAGGCAUUAAAAUGCAUUACAUAAGGAAAUCUCUUAGACACAUUCAAGCUAUGAAAAGUAUUGUAACCUAUAGACCAAACAAAUACCGAAACUACUGUUCGUCUUUAGGACCUUCUGCACCAGAAAAGACUUUAAAUACUUCUUCCUCAGCUCAAACUGGAGGCUUUGCAAAAGCGUAUGAAAAGCAAUCACAUAUUAUUGAUACCCAAGAUACAGAGGAAAAUUAUACAUUCGCAUCCUUACUCCGCCAAUCAAAAUUAAUUGAUUUGGGAGAUCCUGCAGGGAAAGUGGUUAUUGGUAAAAUAUUCCAUGUUGUAGAAGACGAUUUAUAUAUUGACUUUGGAUGGAAAUUUCAUUGUGUUUGCACUAGGCCCACAAGCAGAGGCGAUGAAUAUGUACGAGGAGCAAGAGUACGUAUCCAGAUUAAGGAUUUAGAAUUAUCUUCCAGGUUCCUUGGUUCUACUACAGACCUGACAUUGUUGGAAGCAGACUGUAAAUUGUUAGGGAUAGUUUCAUCUCCUGUUAGAGCUAAUGAAAAACAGUAAUUAUGUGUUUGAGGUAGUUACGUUUUUGUUAAAAUAGAUUUGUACCUAUUAAAUUAAUGACAUUUACAAA